UUCGAAGCUCUCUCGUAUGUGUGGGGAAGCCAGGAAGGCUUGAAGCAAAUUACGUGUAACAAUAUGUCACUUUCAGUCACAAAAAAUCUCUUCGAGGCCCUCAUGGCACUACGAGAAGGCGAUGAUGAAGAUCGCUACUUGUGGGUAGAUGCAAUUUGUAUCGACCAAAACAAUCCGGCGGAGAAGGCUGUUCAAGUGCGCAACAUGUUGACAAUCUACGAAAAAGCUGUUAGAGUGAUUGCUUGGCUAGGUCCU